CUGCAAACCCAAAUCUGGGUUUUCUUUCUCAAACUUCAUCUUCUUCCUUUACCUGCUCAUCCUUCUUCUUUCUUCUUCUUAUUCUUUCUCUCUCUCUCUCUUCUCCCUUAUUCUUCCUCUCUCAAACCCAGAUCUCAAUUUCAUCGCAUAAAUUAACAAUUUGAUGAAGUUGGUGAUAAUAAGAAAAGCAAUACAAAUCAUUCCAUUAUAUUAAUUAAAUAUAAGCUCCGAUUUCAAACGGCGAUUUGAGAAAACAGCAUCAUCGGAAAAGGACUUUCUGCAAUGAAGAAGAACCAACGAGCUCUGGUACAAGAUUCGGAGUUUGCGAAGCAGAAUCUGAGUGCGAUGUUUGAGAAAAACUCAGAUCACCAUGAACAUAUAAUUUCCGUGAAUAAGCACAAAUUGCCCGAAACUGAAAAGAAUACAGGCAAUGAAAGGCCAGAAGAAGAAUAAACCUAACAAAGAUCAAAAACAACUCCUUCGGUCUGAGCCCACAAUCUCUGCAAACAUCAAGGAGCUCGAAAAGCUCUAUGAGCUUCUCCAGAAGCACGAUUCUCCAGCGUCCAAGCAAGCAGCCUCAGAUCGGUCGGAGCUAAAGCAGACUGAGGUAAAUUGGAGGCAAACCUACCGGAAAUAUUUGAUGGAGAAUAUGAGGUUGAAGGUUGAGCUCCAAGAUCUUGAGAUGGAGUUCGAAGAACUCGACCUCCAUGAAGUGCCUGAAAUUCUCAAAAGAGAGCUACGCAACUACAGGGUGAAAUUUUACCUCCAUUUUCAGCUCAAUCUGCCUGCCAUUUUUCCUUCUCACCAAACUAGAGUCUAGAACCCAACAUAAUCUGAGAAAAACCUAGAUUUGGGAUUUGAGAGAGGAAGAAGAAGGGAGUAGAGAGAGAGAGAGAGAGAAAGAAGAAGAAAAAGAAAGAAGAAUGAUGAAU